AUGACCACAGCAGCGAUUGAAAGCCUUCCAGUUGAGCUUUUGCAGCCCAUCUUUGCAUCUUCCGGCUACAACCUCGCCCUUAUCCAGGCCUCUGGUAUCCUAGGUGCUCGACUGUCGAGCGAUCACGUCUACUACAACGCAUGCGACUACUACCUAACCCGGAGAUGUGAGGACUAUGCCGUGCGUUCUGCCGCCCAGACAGCUAUAUUCGCUAGCAAGUGGAUGACCUGGUCGUUCUUCAAGAGCUGGGUCGUCAGGACGUAUGCGAACAAUGGGUGUCUGUGCGGGCUCACGCCGGACGAAGGGUGCUUUGAUGCCCAAUGGCCUCCGAACUUUGAGAAUGCAACAUCCAUGGUCUUCUCGCGAAGUCACUUGCCACGACUGGCUUUCGUUCGUUGCCGAUUGCCUAGGAAGCUUCUGUGCGGGCCUUGGACUUUGGAAAAGGUCCGGUUCUUACGCUUCCUGCUCUGGAUCACGAGUAUGACGGUUGAUUGGCGGGAUUCAGACAUGAGCCAUACCGCUAUCAACGGAAGACGGCAGGCGUUCUUGGAAAACAAUCUCGACGCUGUGGAGCUGUUCAACCACAAUCGUCGACUCGGUAGGCCGCCCACGCUGGAGACGGUCCGCUUCGCCGUGGCAGAGGCUGGCUGUGAUCGGUCAAUUGUAUACGACACUUUACGCUCUGCAUAUAGAUGGAGCUCACGCGGUGAUAUGUGGGAUUGUUCCUUGCUCCAUCAGUGGUGCGGCGAGCGCGUACUAGCUAACGACGCCAAUGGACUGUGGCUGCGAGGCAUACUGCAGGCCUUGCGUCACUCUGAUAUUGGGACUUGCGACAAAAGCAUGGAAAGCGACAUCCUGUUUGGCAAGAUCGUUGAUGAGGUGGCAGAUGCAUAUAGCGCUGAGCACAGAGAUCGGGUGGUCAGAAGGGAGCUUCCAUGGAACAAGGUUAUCGCCAUGCGCGGGUGGCUCACCGUCGGCUCUCUCCUACCGACCCACCACCGCGUCGCCCACCAGAUCCACUGGACGCAAGUAAUGCAGCAGCCCGGACCGCGCAUGUACUCAGGCCCCAGCUGUCCGCGGCGACUGAGCUGCUGCAGCGGAGAUGGAAGGGACAUACAGCAAGGACUCGCAUGGCUCAAUGUACCGACCUCGCACUGAGCGACCUUUUUCCGCUGUCUCUUUACACCAGUCACACUAGCUCUGGCAUGUUGUGGAGCAGCCAUAUCAGUGCGUUUCCCUUAUUUCUAGACGAGCUACUACUGACACCAUGCCUUCCAGGAGCGUCGCCAGAUCGGCUGGUUCUACUGGAGUCGCCACGACACGCAGAAACGGGGCGUCCACCGCGUGGUGCGCGAGGAUCUGGGGGACUUCUGGAAGCACCGCGGAGGGCAGUACAGGACGGUUACGGGUCUCUGUCGUAACGGCCGCGGGAGCUUCGCUGUCCGUCUCGAGAUGUGGAUUCCCAGUGCUGCGGUGGGAAGUGCCUGGAAUGGCAUGCUGUCUGGGUGA